CACUGUAUCUUUAAAAAGAAGAAGCCUUAUGUUUGACACUUGAGCACAUUUGGCUGAUAUUACUUCUUUACUUAAAUGGAGGACUUUCACCCCCAUUGCCUAAAGACACACCCUCCUGAGCCCCCUUCCUGAGCUAUCGAGGCAAAUAUGGUCAGUACCGUCAGUUGGACCGGAGCAGUCAGGAGCCCCCCUCCUCUAAUCCACUUCUUACGCAGAUUAACCUUUAUGGGUUAUGUGACUGCUUGGACAGAGGUGGAACCAUAACAAAAGCUGAGAGGAGAAAAUCGGGGACCCUGAUCUGCUGUUGAUAUCUUCGGCCACCAUGGCUUCCACCCCUUCUGCGUCUGCCUUGUCUGCUGUGCUCCGGUGUCGGGGGAAUAUCUGGGCCAGGAAUCCGCCGACCAAGCGGCCUGCCACCUCGGCGUACAGCCUCGGACUGGCCGGCGGCGUGGUGCGCGACUCUCCAGCUGAGGAGGAGUCAGUGUGGGAGGCUUUUCUCCGAGGAGAGCGCGUAAUUAUGGGAAGGAGACUGGCUGUGGCGUAUGAGUGUCCCCGGGUUGAUGGUACAGUCCGAAGGGGAAAAGAUUCAGAGGACAUGAAUAAACUGUGUCACCCCAAACUUUCGCAAUCCCCAGGGCACGCGCGCUCAGAUGUGCAUGGUGUCCCAAACGCGCUGGUGCGUCAGCUGACACGCACACUGACACCCAACCUGCCAGGAGUAGAUAAAUGCUCUAAAAUUAUACAUAGGAUAAAGUAUGGAACCAAUGCUGCGCAUAUCUGCAAAGUAGUCUUCGUUCGAGAAUGCAGGGAAUCACCAGCAGGAGUUUUCAAAGUGUCCAUAACAUCUCCGUGUUUGGUGCAAAAUACAGGACAAAUACCGUCUUUCAUGUCAACUGGCUGGUCAACACUGAAGAGCACGUGCUUGUCUCUGACUACUCUGGUGUCAGAGUUAAUAUUUAUGAAGCUGGUGUGCAGGUCGAGCAGCAACCAAGAUGAUGCCCCUCAGCUUCUCCUGAACCAACAGGGGGACAGAGUCUGCAGAAACUUAGACCUGCACGCAAAUGGACAGACCCCCAGCCACCGCACUGAUCUCACCCCCACCAGCAGCGUCUCAGGACAGAGGAUCACAGAGGACAGACCUGACUGAGAGUCCAAGGCCUCAGCACCAAAACACACACUGUGUUCUAACCUAAUUUAUUGACUUUCACAAAACACACAUGCUACAUUUGGACUUCAGCCCCCCUGCUGUAAAACAAGAACAACAAGAUGUGGAUGUUUUGCUGCACUUUUUUUUGUUCCAGUAUUUAAGGAAAAGUCAGCAAUACUGUAAGAAUAAAAACAUGUGAUACAUGGCCCACAUGCAAUGUUUGUAGUCCUGUUUUACUUCAAGUUUCUCAGGCCUCCUGCUGGAUGAUUAAAUAAUUACAGUGGA